AAAAUCUAUUUGAUUGUCACAAUGACACUUAUUCUUAAAUACAUUCAAUGAUAUAUUUUUAUAUUUUAUUUAAAUGGAAAAAUAGCUAAAAUGGAAAGAACUAACAGCAAAACAUCACAGAAACAUGGUUCUGGGGAUGACCAAAAUAAACAAAGCGAUGAACAACCAACCACUUCCCGGGAGGAUGACUUCACUCCCGAACAAAAUUCACACAACAUGAAUGAUUUCAAUGCCUUAGAUUUCAAUUCCGCCGAUGAAAUCAGACAAACAAUGAAAGCAGUUUUAACCGGAAAAUUGCCACCGCAGUCCUUUAGCGAAGAGGCCAAUCAUUUCCAAGCAGUAAAAAGAAACCCAGAGCCAAACGUCAAAAUUAACGAAAACAAUAGUACUGCAGAUGGACACAAGACCGUUCAGCGUCAGGUACAGCAGAAUUUGUACCAAAAAAUGAAGUCUACAGCUCGGGCCUGGACGUACAAGGCACAACGCUUUGGAACGUCCCGGCUCAAGAAAACUGGGCGGCCACCGACUGCGGGUCCAUCUAAAACAAUCCGCAAGCCCAAGCUUUCGUCUAUGUAUUUAGGAAAAUUGGCUAAUGUUGUCCCCUUCACACGCCGACGGCACGGAUCCAGCGAGUCUGAUGUAGAAUCUGUAGUUAUAUUUUAUUAA